AUGUCUUCAUCAGCCACCCAAUCCCCUCCCUCAUACUUAACAACUCUCCCCGGUGAACUCCGCAAUCAAAUCUUUACCCUCUGCAUAAAUCGCGCUCUAAAUCACCAUCUCUUCCACCCCUUGACACUCGCCAGCUCCCCCUUCACAACCUCCGUCUACUCUCCAACCGCAAAAACAGGACAUCUCAAACUCUCCAACAUCGGGCCUCUUCCCCUCCUCUUCACCAACAAGCAGAUCUUUGCCGAAGUGUCCUCAUUGCUUUACGGUAGAGUCGAACACGUAUCCAUUGAUGAACAGGUUGGAGUGUGGUUAGAUGACGAUGCUUCGUCGCGGUGGGAGUUCGCGUACUCACUUCUGCAAGGAAGGGCCGAUUUAAUGAAGGUAGUUAAGAGCGUCGAAAUCACGCUCCCUCGAACGCCCCGCCCCUUUCUGCUUGCUGCCUACGCCUCUAUGACCCGCACCCCGCUUCCCAAAAACACAACCCUCGAAAGCAGCGCCCUGGCAAUUCUUCCCGGACUAGAAACAUUUCUAGUGCAGUUCGAGAACCUGGAACGCGUGAAGAUUGUGCUGGUUGCUGAAUCCACGGAUCAGAUUCCUGUUUAUGAGGAGUUCAGGGGGUUGUGGAAGUUAUUCGGGGAGAGAUUGAAGGUGGAGUGCAAGACAAGAAUGGAGAUAGGACCGCCUAACCGGCAAGUUGCGCCGCUAGCCAUCAUUCAUGGGCACCGGCAGAAGUGGCAAGAUGGGUGGAUGAGAGUUUCAGAGGGAAGUUAUAAUCUUCCGUUUCGCGCCUUCCCCUUGGAACUUCGCACCCAGAUCCGGGAUUACUUUAUCCAAGACGCCGACAAAGUAGCAGAGAUCAUCACACACCCAGGAUUCGACAGAAUGAUCUCACCCGCGAAAUGCCCUUGCUACCUCCCUAUGCGAUACGCUUUCCGCGACACCGGCCUCCUCAUUAUUGGUAUUACUCCGAAGGAUAUCCCGGGCUUAAUCUGGGCCAACACACAAAACUCUCCAGGGAGGUUCUGGGAUGAUAAAGGACAGAAUGUGUUUAACUUAUUGGGAGUUGCAUUUUUGGGAUCUGGCGAACUUGAUAAAAUUGCCGGGGGUUAG